AGGUAAGUUCAACUGGCCUUUAUUUCGUGUUUUGGUUUUAUCGGCUUAAUUAUGUCCAUUUACCUACUUUGAGCAACAUGUCUUUGCAAGUGAAACAAUAACUAUGCCGGGUCAUAGAUACGACCUCACGGGAACAGCAUACAUAAAACUUGCGAACAAAAAAGUAUACAUGUGCGUUACUAACAGCGCACAACACUUCCGCACCCUUUUUCGUAAUCUUUUUUAUCGCUUUUUGGCAAGUGUAAAUCAGUAGUUGUGCAGAGACCUCAGAGUCAAGGUCUGAUCAAAUUUUAAUAACAGUCUUGAUCAGCGGUCUAAGACCAUUCACUAACACUUACGGUCUAUAAAUUUUUUUAAAACUGUAAGCCACGGUGUAUAAGACUUCUAAAGAGGAUGAUCUGGCACGGUAAAAAUGAUAAAAUUCGAAAUAUCACAACUGUUUCCCUGAUGCCAGAAACAGGUAUUUUUACUAACCAGUGAACAGUGAUCGGCUCCAUUAAAUAGAAUUUAGAUUUCAAAGAACUCAUAGUCUGUUAUUUCUCAAGAGUAAAGUUUGAGGCUUGAAGUUUGAUAACUUUUAAAAGCGCUUUAUUAGAUAUUUUCAAGGUCAAACAUGAAAUGGUGAUUUUUGAGACGUAAGUUGUGAUUUGCGUUGUCAUUGGGAAGUCACUUUCCUCGGGAGUACCAUGGCUUGCGAUUUCUAUUGGCUAAGUGUGUAAAGGUUGAGUGGUUCCUAAACAUUUUCCGUAAGUUCAUAAAUCAAUCAUCGCACCAAUUUUGGGAAAAUAUAGUCUUACGUCGUUGGUAUUUCUGGGGGCUUGAGGCUCUCUUUAUGUCUUUCAAGACUAGAUUCUUCGUCAUUAUCUAAUACCAUUACUACAGAAAAUUCCUCAUACAUGGCUGAAAUAGUGACAACUUUAAGUUAACGUAAGGUACCAUAGUUUUCACCCGAACGUUUCCCGGUACCUGUGUAUAUUUAUACCAUAGUUUUUUCCAAGGUCCGUUUAACUUCUAGUGACCUCCUUGCAUAGGAGUUAUUGAUCAGUGACUUGGACCUAGUAACCUGGGUAUUUAGGUCUUAACAAAGUUUUUAGUCAAAAUCAUGGGUCCAGAUUGUCUGUUGAUUAGACUUUGGCGAGCUCUAUAUUACCGAAUGAGUUUCAGAUAUGAUUUAUGGAUAUCCGUUACGGCAAGACUAAUUUGUGGACGAGCCAAUCAGAUCUAUUUUAACAGGUUUUGAAUCUUGGCGCAAAAUUAAUUUAUGCAGUCUUCAGUCUUCAGUAAUAAGGAUAGGAGGUCUGUCGACCUAUAUUAAUCCUUGCAGUUUGUAAUACUGUGGAGGUCCAAUCUCGUUUUGAAUAUAUUAACAGACGGUGCUGAUAUUACGUGUUCCGGUAGGGAAUUCCAGUAAUUCACUACUCGGUGCGAGAAACGGAACUCCAGACGUAAACGGUUUGACCUCGGUUUUUGAACUUUCUUCGAAUGUCCUCUCAAAUGAUCGGUUCUAGACGGAAGCAAAAGAUAAGACAUGUUAAUACCAAGGUCAUCGUUCAGUAUACGAUAAGCCAAUAUUAGAUCACCCCGUACUCCACGGUAAGAUAACGGAAAUAAGUUAAGGUGUCUCAGUCUGUCUUCAUAAGAUAGGCCAGCUAGACCUUGUACCAUCUUAGUAGCUCGUCGUUGGACUCUUUCUAGCAUAUCUGCUUCAUAUUUGAAACAAGGACUCGCUGCUUGAAUCCCGUAUUCUAAAUGUGGUCGCACAUAAAUCGGGUAUAGUAAUCCAAACAUUUCAUCAUCUAAAUACUGGAAAGACCUACGAAUUGACCAUAAUACCCUAUAGCCUUUUGCAGCAGCAGCCUUACAGUGACUAGUCGUUUUGAGAUCAUUGCUUAAUAUAACUCCUAAGUCUUUAUGGUUUCUUGCUUUGGGUAGCACGAAUCCACGUAGUGUAUAGUCAUACGAUUCAUCAGAGUUAUUUAACUGCAUCACUACACUCUUAUUAGGAUUUACUUCUAGUGACCACCUGUCUAACCAUGCCACCAAUGAGCUAAGAUCAUCCUGUAAUACUAUUCUAUCCGACAUACUAUGUAUGGGUCUCCAAAUCUUUAUGUCAUCAGCGAAGAGUAGAACGGAUGAUUUUGCUACAGUUGGCAAUUCAUUUACAUAAAGUAAAAAGAGAAGAGGACCUAGGAUUGUGCCUUGGGGAACCCCACUUUUUACAGGUACCCACGAGGAGAGAGCCCCAUUAACCCUUACCCUUUGUCUCCUGUCAUGGAGAAAGUUACUUAUCCAAUCGACGACUGUGUUAUGGAUUCCAAAACGUUUCAGUUUGAAUUUAAGACCAGAGUGUGAAACCUUAUCAAAGGCUUUACUUAGAUCUAUGAAAAUUACAUCCACACAAGCAUUCCGAUCCUUUGCCGCAGCCCACUCUUCUCGUGCAAUGAGAAGAUUUGUCAAGCAAGAUAGGCCUUUCCGAAAACCAUGUUGUGCCCUGGAGAAAAGAUUUUGCCCUUCAACAUAGUUUAGAACAGCUAUCCGAAUGAUUUUCUCCAUCAGUUUCACAACUGCACUAGUUAAGCUAACGGGUCUAUAGUUACUAACUAAAUCCCUACUCCCAGCCUUAUACACCGGACUUAUUAUGGCGUCUUUCCAGUCUCUAGGAAGUCUGGACUGUCUCAGAGACAUGUCGAAUAGUAUCGCUAAUGGUUCAGCAAUUUCAUCUGAUAUGGCUUUCAUAAUCCUAGGAUGAAUAUCAUCGGGACCACUGGACUUAUCAGGUGUGAGAUGCUGAAGUAGCCUUAAAACAGUAUCUUUCUCAAUGGCUACAGGACCCAUCAGCGAGCCGUCACGGUCACGAUGAAUCAUUGGUCGUUCCUCACUACCGAUAGGAAACACUUUACUAAAAUAUUCCGAUAAAGCUUCAGCUUUUUCGGCAUCAUUCUCUGCUAAGAUUAACGGAUUGUCUCGUAUCAAAAGUGAUGGAAUUCCAUCGCUUCUCUUAGUUCGCCUUUUUAUAUCCGAGAAUAACCGUUUCGGACUAUAUCUAGAAUCCCUAAUCAAUUAUUUUUCAUAUGAUCGUCUAGUCUUACUUAUUAAAGCUUUACAGGCAUUCCUAAUCUUACAAUAACUGGAUCUGUAUUGUUCUAAGCCAGUAGAGAUGAACAUAUUCCAGUGAUUCUUCCUUUUUCUAAGGAGUUUCCUGACCGUUUUAGUUAUCCAUGGUGGACUAUUAUUCGGUCUUCGCGGUACCAGGUAUGGUAUGAAGGGGGACGUAACUAGUCUAAAUUUACAUUUAAAUACAGACCAUGCUUCUUCAACUGAUAUGCUAGUAUCUACUAACCAAUCUGUCUUAGCAGCGCAUUCCUGAAUGGCUGAUAUGUUAGCUUUCCAUACAUUUGGGCGCGGUGUAACCUGAUCGUAUAACAUGUCCCUAGUUCUAAACGCGAAUGACAAAACAGCGUGAUCGCUGUUUACUAACGGUGGAAGAAUAUUUAAGUCGACAAUAUCCUCAGUCUCAUGAGUGAUUACCAAAUCCAGCAGAGAACCCCGGUUAACACCAAAACGUGUGGGUUGGGAUACAUGCUGCAUGCUCCAUUAUUGUUAUCAGUAACCUACUAUCAAAGGAGUUUAUAGAUCCUUCUGUGGUCAUAUCAGUCCAACUAAUAUCAGGUGCGUUAAAGUCUCCUAUUAUUAAGCACCUGGUAUUAUCACUCCAAAGAUGAAUGUGCUCUAAAACAGUCAUCAGCUAAGCAGAUUGGGCUCCGAUAGAUGACACCUAGCAUAAAUGUACUACAUCCUAUUGCCAACUUACAGCUAAUGACUUCACAAGUGCCGCUAUCAUGGGAUUCGCUAGUAGAGGAGGCUAAAUAGAGUUUUGGUAUCAUAGCUGAUGUCAGUUCGUGUUGAAAAACUUAAAUCUAAUUUGUGACCCUAACGAUCGACCGUAGACAUUAAUCUUAAUCCCUCACACUGGUUUAUAAACCUGAUUUGAUCGUAGUAUGUACGUGGAUAUUCUCAAGGUCUCUUUAGCGUCAUUCAAAGGUCGUCCAUAAAUUAUCGUCUCACCCCCGUUUCAUUUGGUAGGUCGAAUUAAUAUGUUAUACGGCAGGUAAAUUUGCUCAACAUACGCUUGUAACACGUAGGUCAAAACCUUAAUCAUAUAUGUGGUCCACAUUAUAUUUACAUGACCGUGCCACCUAUCAGUAUGGUCACGUAAGAUAGUUUGAAUGUUGUAUUUGCUGAUGAUCGUCAAGCAAGCAUUGGUUUUCCAAGUGGUAUUCGUUGUGGCUCUAUCUGCUUGUAAAUUCAGAUUACUUUUAAACGCAAACUCAUACUAUGUAUCAUUUUAUUUAUUUAAACACAGACAUUUGUACAAGGAGGCACCAAAUAGAUAUGCGCCACACAAUAACAAUGAGGCCAGUAGCAGUUAUCACAGAUUUAUGUGAGGGCUGUGAUACCGCCCGGGUACCCAGACUGAAGCAGGUGGCUUUCCUAGGGGGUCACAUCCCGAGCUUUCGACCUAAAGGUCUAAUCCACAAGGCAGUAGAGCAACGUAGGGAGAUGCAGUUUUAUGGU